AUGAAUCGUCAUUCCCAAGCGAGUGUAAGUGCCAUUUCUCCAGGUAUCUUGAAAGGUGCUGCCAUUUUCUCCUUUCAAGUCAGCUUGACAGGAACCUCCUGUAACUAUAUCGAACCCAGUAGCAAAAAUAAUGAUAUCAAUUCAUAUUCUUCUUCAGUUGUUUUCAACCCUAUCUCAGUAAUUUCAGUAAAAGGAGUUUCUCUAAUAUUGACAAUAUAG